AUGCAUCUCUCUUCUUUCGGUGCGUCCACUCCUCCCUUUCUCUCUCCUUCUCCUCUCACUACUGAAUGCUCCCUCGCUCCUCGACUGCAAGACGCCACCUCGCCUCUCAUCUCUCCUUCCCCUAUUCCCUUCCCCAAUCUCCCGCUCUCAUCCGCCCUCUCCCUUCUCUCUCUACUCCGCGCUUCGACUUCUCUCACCGCGGCUCCCCUCUCUCUCUCAUCCUCCUCGGUCUCCAUCUCCUCCUCUCUCUCCUCUCUCUCUUCUCCUCUCUCCUCCCUCCCGCUCUCUCGAGCUCGCCUUCUCAACUCAUCCCCGCUUCCCUCCUCAUCUCUCCUCGGUCUCAACCGUUCUCAUCUCUCUCCUCUCCUCUCCUCCGUCAAUCCACUCCCCUCUCUCUCCUCAUAA